AUGACGAUUAAGUUAGUCGUUGGAGGGCUCACAUUGAACAUUAUUAGUAUCUACUCGCCACAAGUGGGGUUGGACGAAGAGAUAAAAAGGCAUUUUUGGGAGGAUUUGAAUGAAGUGGUGGCCAGUAUACCGCCUACUGAGAAGCUAUUCAUAGGAGGAGAUUUUAAUAGGCACAUUGGGUCUGUUUUGAUAGGCUAUGAUGAGGUGCAUGGAGGAUUUGGCUUCGAGUGCAGGAAUAGUGGAGGAGUCUCACUCCUGAAUUUCGCAAAAGCUUUUGAAUUAAUGGUGGCCAACUCCAGUUUUCCGAAGAAGGAGGAGUACUUGGUAACCUUCCGUAGCUCGAGGACAGUGACGCAAAUAGACUUUUUGCUCCUUGGAAAAGAUGAUAAAAGCCUCUGUAAGGACUGCAAGGUCAUACCAACUGAGAAUCUUACGACCCAACAUAAGCUAUUGGUCAUGAAUUUGGAGAUAAGAAGGAAGAAGAAGAAGAGGCUCAUAGAUGACCGCCCGAGGAUUAGGUGGGGUCGUUUGACUCUGUCUAGUGCCCUAGAGAUUGGGGAGAAGCUAACGGUUAUGGAGUCGUGGGAAAGUAGGGGGGAUGCAAGUAGUAUAUGGGAUAGGACAGCCAACUGCAUUAGGAAAGCAGCUAGAGAGGUACUAGGGGUCUCACGAGGCCGCCGUGAUGGGCACUGA